AUGUCUCCGCAGCAGCAGGAGAGUCUGAACCAGGACGGCGGGCAGCAGGAACACAAACCGCAAAUGAAGUUUCAGAGUUAUCGCCGUCAGUCCGCCCCUUCGAUGGUCAUCUCCAAGGCUCUGACCAGGUCCAAGACCGUCUCCAGAGAGAGCUUCCCGGUCCCUGUGAGUCCAGAGACGUGUUCACUGGUCCAGUCCUUCCUGACCGUCUCCGGCAGGUUCUUCCUCCUCUACGGACACGUCCAGCUGAAGACGGGCAUGCAGACGCAGGACAGACACCUCUUCCUGUUCACCGACGUUCUGCUCGUUGCCAAAGCCAAAUCGGCCAACCACUUCAAGCAGAAGCUGCGGGUGAGUGUGUGCGAGAUGUGGACGGCGGGCUGCAUGGACGAGGUGUGUGAGGGAAGCACGAACCCGGAGAGGAGCUUCGUCAUGGGCUGGCCCACCUGGAACUGCGUCGCUAUGUUUAGUUCAGCCGAGCAGAAGGAGCGAUGGCUCGCCCUCCUCAAGAGUCGGAUCAAAGAAGAGAAGGAGAACGAAGAGCCUAAAACCAUCCCUCUGAGAGUCUACGGGAAGGGAAUCAACAGCUUCGCAACCAAGACGCUCCCGGUCAGCAACUCCGAUUCGACCAAUGAGGUGAUCCGGUUGGCCCUGCAGCAGUUUGGCAUUAUAGGAAACGUCAAAGACUUCCAGCUGUGGGUCGUCUCGCGGAGAGACAACACGCCCUACCCGCUCAUCGGUCACGAGUUUCCCUUCAGCAUCCAGAUGAGUCACGUGAGGAACUCUGCGUUCCAGGGAGGGGGAGGCCGGGAUGCCGCUAAUCCACCUGUGGAACGCCAGAUGCAGGUCAGCAAGGACUGUCAGUUCAUCCUCAGGCCCCGACCCACCGAACCGCCUCGACAGCACGCCCCUGCAGAUUACUCUCAGAAACCAUUCAAACGGAGGCGUUCGCUCAUCGCCUGGGCCUUCUGGCGAGGCUCGUCCUCUCAGCUGAACGACCUGUCGGUCGCCGGAGCGGCUCGGGGACAUUUGUUCGGUCAGCCUCUCAGCUCCGUGUGCGUGGAGGACGCUCUGCCCAAAGCCGUCAUGGACAUGCUGAUGUUUCUGUACCACGAGGGCUCCUGGACGAAGGGCAUCUUCCGUCGGCCGGCGGGAGCUCGAGCCGUCAGGGACCUGCGAGACUCGCUGGACGCCGGGGAGUCCCGGCCUCCGCUCUCACGAGACCACAUCUUCACCGUCGCCGGCGUCUUCAAGGACUUCUUGCGCAGCGUCCCCGGCAGCCUGUUGGGAUGCGAGUUGUUUGAAGAAUGGACGGACGUGUUGGAGGAAGAGGAGGAGGAGGAAGAGCGUGUGCAAGAAGUAAAGAGGAUGAUCAGUCGACUGUCCAAGGAGAACGCCCUGCUGCUCCGGUACCUUUUGGCGCUGCUGUAUGGCAUCCAGAGCAACGCUCACGAGAACCAGAUGACGAGUUUUAAUCUGUCCGUGUGCAUCGCUCCGAGUUUACUUUGGCCUCCUGGACUGCUGGGCAGCCCUGAGGUGGAGGGGGAGGGAACUAAAAAGGUUUGCGAGUUGGUGAAGUUUAUGAUCGAGCGUUGUCCGCGGAUCCUCGGAGAGGAGCCUUCCUCCCUGUUCGGGGGGCCGCCACGCAGGCUAAGCGGGGACGAGACGGGAACAGAGUCCUGGGCGUACCCUCUGACCGACUCGUCCUACGACAGCUUGGAGAACGAGCUGGACAACAUCAGCGGUGGGUCUCCGGAGUUCUGCAGCAGGAGACCCCUCCGCCUCAAAGCUCUGCAGAGCAGCCUGGACUCCAUCCUCACCUUCAGCGACUACGACCAGGACGCCGAUACGGAGGCGCCCCGAACCGAAACCGAAGGCCUGCACGGUGUCAGGGUUCACCUGGCGGAGAGACGCAGGAGACCGAAGGCGGCGGCUGAGGACGCCUCCUCCACCUUCGACUCGCUGUCCCUGGAAGGUGGACACUCGCAGCGGCGAUGCUCCGAGCCGGCGAUAGCGUACGCCGCCCGGUUCUGUCCGUACAUCUCAGGCAGCGACGACAGACUCGCCGCUGAGGACGAAGAGCGCCACGCACUCACUCAGACCCACACCAGGAGGGGAAAUAAACCAGCAGCUUUGGGUGCCAGCUCCUCCAGCCUGUCCUCUACCUCCCCCACCCACUCCACCCUGGACUGUCUUGGCACAGAGCAAACUGGGACCACAAAGACCGAUCCACUCUCCGUCGCCAUCUCCCCUCCGUCCCCCUUCGCCUCAUGCUCUGCUCGGACCCCCAGCGAACACCCAAGCCAUCCUAAAGACUCCGCAGUCAAAGAUCCUCACCACUGGGGGGCGCUAAAAGGCUGCAUGGGCCUGCACCCAAACUCGUGGCUGAAGAAAGACCGAAGGCUCUCACUGACCCAGCAGGAAGGUCUGAACAUUGAAGACGAUGACAAGACGGGGGGAGGGACGUUGAUGGGGAGACUCGAGAAAGGAGCAGCCAAGCCCAAACCCAGACACCCCCGCAGGGGCUCGAAGGACGCAGGCGAAGGAGGGACCUGCCGACACCCUGAACCGGAGUCCUCUCUUGACUUCAAGAGGCGUCCAGCGCCGAGUAAUGUGGCCGAACAGAAGCAGCCGUCUCCGUCUUUAUUCCACCGGCACAGCGGGCCGCCUCUGUCCCGGUUCAGACGGAGCAAGGCUCAGUCCACAGAGGAGGGCGGUGAGCGGCUCCAUCAGCGCCGGGGGUCCGAACCGGGGCGGCAGGUCGUGGAUCGAGCCCCCGCCUUCACCAGGGCGAGGCUGCCCAGCGACCCGGGACUAAAACCAUCCGAGUUGGACCCACAGGGGGGGACGUCCGACGCUCGUUUCUGCCUCUCCCCGUGCACCUCCAAAGUGGUGAGGGACUACUUCUCCCCUCACCCCCGCAGCAGUCCUCAGAGCAGCCAGCAGGUGGCGCUCGCCGUGGCGGAGAGUCGCAGGGAGUGGCUGAGGAGAUGCAGCGACCCGAAGGCGGAGCCGGAUUUAGAGCAGCUUCUGUUCGCAGAGGAGUCCUACGUCUGAAUGUAGCGCCCGCUAACCGCGCUUCUGUUAAACUAAGACCAUCACGGUUUUAUGAAACUUUA